UUAAGAAUUAAAAUAAAUAAAUGAAACGGUCCUUUAUUUUUCAUAUUUCCCUCCACGAAGUUCUUCGCUGCCACAAAAGAUCUUCUGUCAUCUCUUGCUCUCAUGAUCUUUUCUUUGAGACCCAAAUCGUUCCUAUCAAUUCCAUCGAUAUAUCUCAGAUGGGUUUCCUCUGCAACCAUUGGAGCUCCUCCUCACCUUUUCCAAAACCCAGAGGAGCUUCUCCGCAUGUUCUUCCAGACCAGAAUCGGCCACAACUCCGAUUACGAGCUAGCAAUGGUCUCUGCUCUCAAGUCUUGCUCGUCCCUAUCAGCUACAUUUCAAGGCCAACAAAUCCAUUCUCUCGUUUUGAAAUCUGGGCUAGAAUCCAAUACUUUUAUCAAUAACAGUUUGAUUAAUAUGUACGCGAAAUGUGGGUUUCUUGCGGAUGCUCGGUCUUUGUUUGACUCUUGUUCUAAGGUUGAUACGGUUUCUUGUAAUAUUAUGGUUGCUGGGUAUGUUAGAUUUGGUGAAUUGAAUAAAGCACGGAACUUGUUUGAGAGUAUGCCUGAAAAAGGUUGUGUCUCAUACACAACCAUGAUAAUGGGUCUUUCACAGAAUGACUAUUGGGCCGAGGCAAUUGAGGUUUUCAAAGAUAUGAGGUCUGCAGGUGUUUUCCCGAAUGAGGUGACAAUGGCGAGUGUAAUUUCAUCUUGCUUUCAUAAUAAAGGUGGGAUUUGGGAUUGUCGAAUGCUCCAUGCCUUGGUAAUUAGGUUGCUGCUUCAUGGGUUUGUUAUUGUUUCCACAAAUUUGUUGCACAUGUACUGUAGUUGUUCGAGUGUUUGGGAUGCAAGACAUUUGUUUGAUGAGAUGCCUGAACGGAAUAUAGUUUCCUGGAAUGUAAUGUUAAAUGGGUAUUCAAAGGCGGGGCUUGUUGAUCAGGCAAGAGAGUUGUUUGAAAGGAUUCCUAGUAAGGAUGUCGUGUCUUGGGGUACAAUGAUUGAUGGUUAUGUGCAAAUUGAAUGCUUGAGCGAAGCUUUGUUGUUGUAUAGAGCAAUGUGUCGUACAGGAUUGGGACCCAAUGAUGUCAUGGUUGUGGAUUUGAUUUCGUCUUGUGGGCGAUUGAUAGCCAUUGGUGAGGGUCAGCAGUUUCAUGGUGUAAUUGUUAAGGCAGGUUUUGAUUGCUACGAUUUUAUACAGGCAACGAUUAUUAACUUUUAUGCUGCUUGUGGCAUCAUCAGCCUUGCUCGUCUGCAAUUUGAAGUGGGCAUCAAGGAUCAUCUUGCAUCUUGGAAUGCCCUAAUUGCAGGGUAUAUGAGAAACGGAAUGGUAGAACAGGCAGCGGAGUUAUUCAAUAAGAUGCCUGAAAGGGAUGUUUUUUCAUGGAGCACCAUGAUUUCUGGUUAUACACAGAGUGAACAGCCUAAUUUGGCUUUAGAACUCUUCCUUGAAAUGAUAGCUAGUGGGAUCCAACCAAAUGAAAUUACCAUGGUGAGUGUUUUCUCUGCCAUUGCUACUUUAGGGACAUUAAUUAUUGGAAGAUGGGGUCAUGAAUUCUUGCAUAAGAACUCCAUCCCUCUUAAUGACAAUUUAAGUGCAGCAGUCAUUGAUAUGUAUGCCAAAUGUGGGAGUAUCAGUACAGCCUUAGAUGUAUUCUAUGAAAUCCGUGACAAAGUGUCAACUGUAUCACCGUGGAAUGCCAUCAUAUGCGGGCUGGCCAUGCAUGGACAUGCAAAACUGUCUCUCGAAAUAUUUUCCAAUUUGCAGAGGCUUCAUAUCAAACUAAAUUCAAUCACGUUUAUUGGAGUCUUAAGUGCAUGUUGUCAUGCUGGUUUGGUGGAGGCUGGUGAGAGAUAUUUCAAGAGCAUGAAGAAUGUGUACAACAUUGAACCUAAUAUCAAGCAUUAUGGCUGUAUGGUGGAUCUCUUGGGCAGAGCUGGACGGUUACAAGAAGCUGAGGAAUUGAUUCAGAACAUGCCCAUGAAAGCAGAUGCCGUAAUAUGGGGAACAUUAUUGGCAGCAUGUAGAACACAUGGGAAUGUGGAAAUAGGAGAAAGGGCUGCAGAGAGUUUGGUAAGGUUAGAGCCAUCUCAUGGACCUGGUAGAGUUCUCCUAUCCAACAUAUAUGCUGAUGCAGGGAAGUGGGAGGAGGCAUUUUCGAUAAGAAGAUCAAUGCAGAUGCAAAAACUGAAGAAAUCACCUGGGUGCAGUGGUGUUGUAUGAUAGAAU